AUGUGGUGCACAAACCUUUUAAAACGAUCAUUGACAACCCUUCCCACAUCAUCCUCAUCCUCAUCCUCCACCCGUCAUGGAUCAACGUUGGUAUUGUCGCAAACUCGACACUUCCACUUUUCCCGGUCGUUGUUGAAUCAGAAUCAUCCACGGACGGUGGUGGAUGAACCUAAGAAAUACUUCUCGUGGAAACAUCCACUCAUGUAUCCUCUCGUCCUUGUUUUUCUCUUUGGUUCCCAAGUCAUAAACAUCAUCAAUAUUCGCAAGGACAAGAAAGAAAUGCAGAGCCUUUACGUUGCAAAAGUCGAGGUGCUCAACCAGUGUAUCGAUAGGCUUGGCAAUGGAGAGAAAGUAAGCAUUGAAAAAGAGUUGCAAAAGAUCGAAAAGAAGUUCAAGAAUAGAAAGGCUCUCAAGGAAAGAGAUUACAAAGCGUUAGAAGAGUUGAAUACCGAGAGUGCAGACACCAGCUUGAACGGCAGUUUGGAUCAGUUGUUCAAGGAAAGCUUGGGAGAGGAAACUCGGGUGGUUAAACCUUUGGAAGCAGCGGAGGAAUUGAAUAAUAAGCAAGAACACGUUAAGGAAAAUGUCGAGAAAAUUGUAAUUAGAGACGUUCCAGGGGCCAUGAGUGAUGCAGCAAGUCAAAGAAAAGUUCCAAAAUUCUUAUAG